CUGAUGGGCAACAGUGACAAAGGAGUGCGUGGUGGGCACAGGUCACAAUGGGCAGGAGAAGAUAAAAGGAGUCCUGUGGGGUGGUUUAAGCCCAGGUGGAGGCUUCAGUUUCGGAGGAGAGGAGCUGUACAAAUACAAUAAGCAGUGAGGUUGUAGAAUGCAAUAGAGCAGAGGCUAUUGUGAACCAAUGUAUUAGGCUCAAGAGGAGGCCCCUCCCUACUCCAAGUGAACACCAACAUCUACACGCCUCAACAUCUGCAUACUCUGACCUCUAUUGGGACCCUAACAUCUGAGCACUUCAACAUCUGCGCACUCUGACAUCUACUGAGGACCAGAUCUCUUGCUCCUCCACAUCUGCGUACGAUUACAUCUACUGGGGCCCAACCUCUGUGGGCCUCCACCUCUGUGCACCCUGACAUCUACUAGGGUCCCAACAUCUGUGCACCUUGACAUCUGCUGGGGCCCUGACCUCUGCUCCUCAACAUCUGCACAUGGUAAUAUCUACUGGGGCCCCGAUUCUGCACUCAACAUCUGAGCACCCUGUCAUCUACUGGGUCCCUAAUGUCUGUGCACCCUGACAUCUCCAUGAUCUAGGCAGAGCACAGUCUAGUACAGGUGCAAUUAAUUGUCUUUAGCACUGAACAAUUGGUAAUCAGUACUCCCACCCUGUUCUCAGUUGCUCAGAGACCUGUAGAAGACCACUGCUGGGCCACCUGCUAGAGAAAUCAGGGAAAUAGGACACCCUGAAAAGUGUGGUAAGGUGUGGAAGACCCAUAGGAGUCCUUGAUAAAAGAUAGUCAUGAACAGUCAGUCUAAGUUACCACAUUACACAGCCCAAAGCAGCCCUGCAAUGGGUAUGUUUAAUACCUCCAUGGGGAAACUACAGCAACACCUGUACAAGAGGGAGUACACCAUAUUGAAGUAUGCACCAAUGUUUGAGAGUGACUUUAUACAGGUGGGCAAAAAAGGAGAAGUGACUGACGACGUGCACAACCGUGCCCGAAUGGUGACUGUGGGCAUCAUCCGCACCAGCCCCCACCUCACACUACCUGAUGUCAUGCUGCUGGCUCGACCAACUGCUAUCUGUGAUGACCAUAACAGAUAUGGUCCUGCCCCCCAGGAAAAGGGUUACAAGCCUACACAGAUCUUAGAGCUAACCAGACUGUGUCCUUCAAAGUUUGUAACAAUAUCCAUCCAUAAUGGUACAAAACAACAGCUCCACCUGAAGCUUGCCACUGGCCGCUCUUUUUACCUUCAGCUCUGUCCCCCUUCUGAUACAAAAGAUCUUUUUGUGCAUUGGGAAAACCUUGUUUACAUUCUGAGACCACCAGUAGAGGCUUACAGUGGUUCCCAUGCCAUCCCAGUUGGGGACUCACUGGGGACAUAACUGGGUUUGAAGAGGAGGACAAGAGUCCAUCGGCAAAUGUCAUUCAUUUCUAUGGAAGGGAUCAAGAUCAAGUUGACAUCAGGAGUCUUCACAUGAACCCUGAUUGUUUGGGGCCACCCCUUAUGUGUAUGCUGGGGAGGAAUGAAUUCACCAUGCCUCCCACACCUGCUGCAUUCAAGAGUUCACAUACGUCUGCAGUCACAAAGCCUACAGUAUCAGAUAAAAGGUCAGGGAUGGCGACAGCAGCAGCCAUCACAGAUCCAGGAGGAAGCACAGGAGAAAGACCAUAGGGGGUGCAUUCGGCAUGUCCUAAUAUUGUUGUAAGCAAGGGCUACAAGCCCUUCUUGUCUUCAGAGGGCACUUCUAGCACAUCAGGAGGAGCUACUGGCUUCUUCUCAGAGGGAGAACAAAUCUGGUGAUUCCAAGAGCAGAAACUACUGGCAAGCCUGUGGCAAAAACAGCUAACAGCUCAGUAUUGAGACCCUUCAUUACAACCUCAGAGUAAAGGCUACAUGAAUGAACAGGAUGGAAGCCAGAGGUCUCCACCCAGCAGUACUGACUCUUUAGGAAAGAGCCUCAAAGCCCUGCACCACACCAUGGUGCAGAGGUGGACAUCUCAUAUAAGACUGUGGAGGAGAUCAGUGUCAUCCACCCUCACACAAUUCAUCUCAAAUUCUCUGCUCUAAUCAUAUAUGCUCUUUUAAAAGGGAAGGGUAGCAAUAAAAACAAAUGGCAAUUUCUGA